UAACAGCAAGUAUCAUUUACAAUCGAUUGAUAAUAAUAUAUUGUUAUUGCAGGGAUAGCCCUACCCUAAUAAGUUAGCUAGGCCAGUUGAAAGCAUUUUUGUUACAAACAUAGAGUUAAGAAUUUUUGAUCAGAAGACCAACUCUGAUUAUACAUUAGCCUAUUCUGUAGUGUUAAAGUGCCACGGGUCGCAUAUUUGAAAGAUCAGUUAUCCGGUUCGAGUUAAUGGAUCAGUAAGAAACUUCCGGCCUACUUCACCGGCUAAAACUUUGUUCAGAAUUGAAGUUGUAGGCUAGUGAGUCCUAUCUUUAAACUUCAAGGACUUAACGGCUCCUGUGAGGUAGACAAGGCGUAUGUCGUUACAGUCCCACUGUUUUUUUUUUUUUGGAGGGGGGUAUACGCUUUUGCAGGGAGGUGGAGUAAUCUAAAUGGCGCCACCUAAAAAGAAAAACUGUCAAUCUCAGUGCACCCAGACAGACAUCAGCCCCGCGGCUGCGUCAUUGUUGGCAGAGCAUAGACGGCUGCGGUGAUUGGUCUUUUCGCAGCGAGAAACUCCAGCGCUGACUACCCCGCUUUUGUUAUUGUAGCCAACGCGAGGAUAGGCGCUUACAGCGUCUGGAUACUUGCGACAAGAGAUAGAGCGGGUGGUGAUAAACUGAUAAGUGAUGGUAAGAGCGGUGGAUGGAACUAUUAAUGGAAGAACGAAACUUUGAAGCUCCGCUACAAUUUCGUCUCACUUGUACAAGUUCUCCCGAUUUGAGAAUGUCUGUGAAUGCCCCCAAUAGUAAUGAUGCAUGUCUGAGCAUCGUGCACAGCCUAAUGUGCCAUCGGCAAGGAGGGGAGAAUGAGGGCUUCGCCAAACGAGCCAUUGAGAGCCUGGUGAAGAAACUGAAGGAGAAGAAAGACGAGUUAGACUCCCUCAUCACGGCUAUCACAACCAAUGGUGUACACCCGAGCAAGUGUGUCACCAUCCAGAGGACACUGGAUGGAAGACUCCAGGUCGCUGGGCGAAAAGGCUUCCCCCAUGUGAUAUACGCUCGCCUCUGGCGUUGGCCAGACCUUCAUAAGAAUGAGCUCAAGCAUGUGAAGUUCUGUCAGUAUGCCUUCGACCUCAAAUAUGACAAUGUCUGUGUGAACCCCUACCAUUAUGAAAGGGUUGUGUCACCUGGCAUAGUGGGACUCAGUAUACAAAACACUGGCCCCCCAGGGAGACUAAUCAAGGAGGAGUACACCCACGACUGCAUCCAGAUGGACAUCCCUCCCUCCAGGAUGCCCUCCCAGUCCAACCACCACUCCACGGAUCACUACCGCCAGCCGCUGCCCCCCCUGCAGCUACACGCAGAGUCGUCUCAUCCUACCCCCGUCAGCCACUACGGCAACAUCCCCCACUCACCACCAGCAACCGGCCCGAUGAUGUCCAUGCAGGGGGGCCAUAAUGAGGGCCUGUUACAGAUCGCCUCCCCCCGGAGUCUGGCCUCCACCCCUCCCCCCUCCACCCCCAACCACGGCCCCCCGCAGACCCCCUCCAGUCAGAGCGACUACGGCACCCCCAAACACUCCCAGUCCCAGGGCUCCUUCCACACUACCUGGACAGGCUCCAGUACGGCCUCCUAUACACCUGUAGGACCUCAGCAGAAUGGACGGAGUCACCCACAGUCUUCCCAUCAGCAGCCACCUCAUCACUUCUGGUCCCAACAUCACACUCCUGCCUCAUUUCCUCAGCCAGUAUCCAAUCAUCCAGGUCCAGAAUUCUGGUGCUCAAUCUCCUACUUUGAGAUGGACAUUCAAGUGGGGGAGAUGUUUAAAGUUCCAGCAAACUGCCCCGUGGUGACCGUGGAUGGCUACGUGGAUCCAUCCGGAGGGGACCGCUUCUGUCUAGGCCAGCUUAGCAACGUCCACCGCACUGAUGCUAGUGAGAGGGCCCGGCUACACAUUGGGAAAGGGGUGCAGCUGGAGUGUCGUGGGGAGGGCGAUGUUUGGAUGCGUUGCCUGAGCGACCAUGCCGUCUUCGUGCAGAGCUACUACCUGGACAGGGAAGCAGGUCGAGCCCCGGGUGAUGCAGUUCAUAAGAUUUACCCAGGAGCUUAUAUCAAGGUGUUUGACCUACGGCAGUGCCACAGGCAGAUGCAGCAGCAGGCAGCCACAGCCCAAGCAGCAGCAGCGGCCCAGGCCGCCGCCGUGGCAGGCAACAUUCCAGGGCCUGGCAGUGUAGGGGGCAUAGCCCCAGCCGUCAGCCUCUCAGCAGCUGCAGGUAUUGGGGUGGAUGACCUGCGACGCCUCUGUAUCCUGCGGCUGAGUUUCGUGAAGGGCUGGGGGCCCGACUACCCCCGGCAGAGCAUCAAGCACACCCCCUGCUGGGUGGAGGUCCACCUGCAUCGAGCGCUGCAGCUGCUGGACGAGGUGCUCCACUCCAUGCCCUUGGCUGACCCAGGACCUGCCAACUGAGGGCGAAGCACUUCCCAUCUUCCCCUGUCUCAUCUCCUGUCCUCCUUGCCUUGCGUACAGUAUGCAAUAACAGCCCCACCCUACCGUGGUGCUGCACAGACUUUAUGACUCAUGCAACCAAAGAAACACACACACGCACACACAUACACACACACACACACACACACACACACACACACAACACACACACAACACACACAGCACACACACAACACUCUCAGACACACAAACUCUUUUCCACAGGCAGAUCCAGCAAACAGUACCUAUUGACCUGCCCACUAUUUAGUCUACUGCUGCCUGGUGGAGAAACUGACUUGUUGCCGUGGAAACGCAGGGCCAGCAGCAGCAGCAGCAUGGUCAGGUUUCCACACGUGGUGGCCAGAGUGAUCAGUCACCCAUAACCCGUGGCGGUGAGAUUUUCCUGGUGAAUGCUGGUAGCCCAAGGUGUACCAGAUCAAUCAGGAGUCCAGACUAAAUAAUCACAUUUCGACAUGUCCACUCAACACAACAUACUGCUCAGACUUGGAAUCCAUUUAUCCAUGAGGUUUUAAGUGCUGUUCAGGUCCAUUCCAGGUUCAUGCAUACUUUCAAGUAAAGUCAAUGUAUUCCAUAGUACUCUUGAUCGGGAAAUUUAAUUUGGCAGUUAAAACAUACAUAGUAGAAUACAAAAGUCAAAGAAAUUCAUUAUACAAAAUGAUUUACAUUCCAUACAUGAGGGAUCACAACAGACACUAAAAAGAAAAAGAGAAAAUAGACUACAAUAGAAAAAUUACGGGGAAAAACCCCACCCCAUAUGCAUUAAAGUGGUUGGUUAUGUGCCAGAGACACAGACUGUUGUCCUUAACCUCUUGGUUGUUUGAUUAUCAUGUUAGUUGUUGCAAACUCUCUCAUCCAAAGACACAUACAGUCCAGUGAAAGCACACAUGUUAUCAGUACUUUCUGCUGGAUACUGACUGUAUGACCUUGGCAAGCACCAAGCCUACUGAAACUGAAGGAAUGCCUCUCCCUCAGAAUGUACCAUUAUUUGGGGUGAAAUUAGAGACAAUCAUUUGAGAUCUUGUGGGAAAAUGUCAUAACAGCUAUCAAUAUGGGGUUCUCUUCCCUUGUAGCCCAAUGAAAGAGUAUUUAGUAUGAUCUUGACAUGAGUGUUUGUCUUGUCGUACGGUUCUAAGAUGUGCCCUAAAGUGUGUCUGUUCAUUGGGAAGAUACAACUUUUACAUCCUAAAGUCAACAUAAAACAACUUCCCGUCACAACUAGAGGCAUUUGAAGCCCAUUCCUGUGUCAUUAUGUAUCAUGGCCUAAUGUAAUAUUAGUAGAGGUCUUUUCUCUUAGUUCAUGGAACAUGUGUACUUACAUGUUGUACUUGAACACCACUGACUGCCAAAGAACCUUCCUGAUGGUAAUAGAUAUUGGCUCAUUAAAGCUAAAUGGCCAAAGAUGCAAUAGCCACUGGUAUUCAGAUGACCAUUCCAGUCAAAUUUAACGGCCUUAUUCUGGAAUGAUCUCAUAUGUCAUCCCCAUAGCAGACAGUUGAGGGCACUGGUAGGCCUACUCGACUCCUCCAUCUGGACGUGACCUUAUCUGAACAAGUGACAUUAUAACACAAGAUUGCUCUGUAGCCUUUAAUGUUGGCCAGUGCUUAAACAGCACUUACCGUUUUGUUCUGUCGAGGAAUAAUUAGCCUAGUGCAUAGGCUACAGACGUGGAUGGUGUCUGUAUUUUUAUCACACGGUGCCUUUAAAAUGUAUUUGUAGGUAUUAGCAACAUACUACCUUCAUGUACCCUCCCCAAACUUGUUUCAAAGGCUUUAUUUAUUUCCUUGUAAUUGAAAAUGUCAAUUGACGACGAGUCGUUAUGGCUUGGUGACCAAAAUAAUGAAUUAUGAUGCCUUAAAAAUUGUGUUUUUUACGGAUUAUCUGUCUGUCCAUUAUUGUUGUGUUAUCCAAUCUUACAUACGAGUGUGGACUGUAAUUUAUGUAAUCAGUGUUAUUUCAUCUUUUUAAUAAAUCAGUGAUGGUAAA